AUGGCUAAGACCCCAACGGGAUCGAUAUCUGACGAGAAGGUGGAUAGUAAGGAGGAAAUCCCUAUCGGGGCCACCUUACCUUUAUCAGAGAAGCUUGUAUUGGACGGUAGUUCGGAUAUUGGAGACGUUUAUGAGGAUGUGCGUGCGAUUGAUUUAGGAGAAGAUGGAAAGGAGAGACCGAUUGAAACAUCGGACGACUGGGCACUGCGUCUUAUUUCUCUGGAAGACGAUCCUACAGAGCCGGUUUGGACAUUUCGAUUGUGGUUUUUGUCGAUUGGUCUUUCGUGUUUCGGAGCUGUUCUCGGUCAGAUCUUCGCAUUCCGCCCCCAACUCGUCUAUGUCUCCCAACUCUUCCUCCAAACCUUCGCCUACAUCCUCGGCCGCUUAUUAGAAGUUUUCAUCCCCGGCCCCGGAAACCCAAGCCCACGACUUCAAUUCUCUGGACGAUUCUGGAGGUGGAUGAACCCGAGCCGGUUUAACAUCAAAGAACACACAGGGAUACUCAUUAUGAGCGCUGCUGCUACCCAUGGAGCGUUGGUUAUUAAUAUCUUUGCGGCGGAUGAUCUGUUUUAUGGGGUUACGCCUAAUACGGCUGUUGCGAUUUUUACGCUUUUGGGGAGUCAGCUUUUGGGGUAUGGGUUGGCUGGAAUGAUGCGGUCGUUCUUGGUCUACCCGACCUACAUGGUAUUCCCCAACGUCAUACCGACUGUACAGAUGUUCGAUGUGUUACAUCGUGGACAAGAGAAUAUUUUACAAAAGAAACGGGUCAAGUUCUUUUGGGUUUUGUUUAUCGGGAUAUUCGUAUGGGAGUGGUUCCCGGAAUAUAUUGCACCUACGUUGACUGGGAUAUCGAUAUUCUGUCUUGCGCGACAGGAUAGUGCUUGGGUGACGAGGAUGUUUGGGGGGGCUAAUGGGAAUGAGGGGAUGGGGUUGUUUUCGAUUUGCUUGGAUUGGCAAUACAUCGGAAGCCAAGGAUCAGCGUACGGGGCUUUAUUCCAGCCUAUUCAAACCCAGUUGUCUAGUUAUUUUGGUAUAUUGCUCUGCGUCGCCACCUACGCCACCAACAUCUGGAACGCCCAACGAUACCCCUUCCUCGGACAACUUCUCUAUCGCGAAAAUGGGUCCGAAUACGACCAGAUUAUGAUCUUAAACGAUGAUUUCACGCUCAACGAACAGAAAUUAAGUGAUUAUGGGCUUCCUUGGUUUACCACCAGUGCAGCGAUUGCGAAGAUUGGGAGUAGUAUCAGUCUGGGAGCGAGUGUGACGCAUAUAUUGAUUUGGUAUAGUAAGACGGUUUGGAAGGCUAUUAGGGAUGGGAGGAAGGGAGGGAUUGUUGAUGCGCAUUACGAGAAGAUGAAAGUGUAUUCGGAAGUUCCGUAUUGGUGGUAUACCGCGAUGUUUGUUGUUUCUGUGGCUAUUGGGAUGGCGACGAACUAUACGGGUCAUUCUCAACUUCCUUGGUGGGCGUAUUUGAUAGCCGUGGCCUUUGCAGCUAUCUUUUUACCGAUUAUAACCACCCUCUACGGCAUCAUUUUGUUUAUACCGUAUACUCAAGACCUUGCACGGAUGUUGGGUGCUGCCCUUGUCCCUGGAAAACCCCAUGCGAAUAUGUAUUUCACGAUGUAUGGGUAUAAUUCUACGGAACAAGGAAGAAGUAUGGUUAGGGAUUUGAAGAUUGGACAGUAUACGAAGUGUCCUCCGAGGGUGACGUUUACUAUGCAGUGUUUGGGUGCUGUUAUUGGUUCGCUGUUGAAUUUUAUAAUAAUGAAAGUGGUCAUUAAAGCCAACCGCGAGAUAUUGUUGUCCGUGCAGGGAACGAAUGUUUGGUCUGGUGCGGUGGUUCAGAGUUUUAAUUCCGAUGCAAUUACAUGGGGAGCUCUAGCUAAACAUUUGUAUAGUCCUUCGGGGACGUAUGGAAUCAUUCCGAUGUCGAUCUUCAUCGGACUCGUUCUGCCCCUCCCGUUCUGGUUGUUACACCAACGGUUCCCGACGUGGAGGUUUAAUCAGGUCAUUACCCCUAUGGUUGCCUAUCAAAUAGGAGCAUUGAAUACCGGUAUCAACUCGUCGUACUUUAUGACCUUCCUCUUAUGCAUUACCAGUCAAUUCUGGUUGAGGAAGUAUCAUCCGGGAUGGUUUAGGAAGUACAAUUUCUUGAUGUCUGCGGCUCUGGACGGAGGGACGGAAGUCAUGAUUUUCAUCAUGUCUUUUGCAGUCGGAGGAGCGGGGGGUAAAGUCAUACCUUUCCCGUUCUGGGCGUUGAAUCCGAGGGGUAAUCCGGAUCAUUGUAAGAGGUUGACUUGA